AUGGUUCUUUUGGUAGAAAGAAUUAGCAAGCUCUACUCCAAGCUGGAGAAUCACCACCACCACCACCACGCGGAUCACCGCCAACCCGAAGCCUUAUCGGCUUCUCUGCAGGCUUUUCAAUCCAAUGUCUCCAGUUGCAUAAACCAGCUGCGGUCGAAUCCGAAACCCGGAUCAGAAAUCCUGUCUUUGACAUGGGUUCGACUGUGUUUCGGCCUCAUACCGGUCAUCAACAAAGCUUUUGCAAAGCUGGUUGUGGAUAUUGACUACCCCAUUAGUAAAUGGGAAGAAGCUUCUGUGGAAGAGUAUCUAAACUACAGCUUCACUUUGCUGGAGUUUUUCAACUCUAUUAGCUCCUCUCUUGCAUACCAUGGACAAGCCAGGCUUUCUCUUGCUCAUGCUUUGAGCCUUGUGGAGGAUUCGCCUUCUUCGGCUAUAGAGCGUCUAAAAUCAGUGGAGCCAAGAAGUGUCAGCAAGGAAUUAAAGGAAGGUGAAGGUAAUAAAGAAAGGAUUUGCUCUGGAGAGGAAGGGGUUAUGCAUGAAGCUUUAACAGUCAUGAGGAGUAUUGGAUUCUGGGUGUGUGGGAUUGUGUUGUCUUGUUUAUGCAGUGACAGUAAGCCAUACUUGGAGAUGAGAAAAUCUGUUGGUGGGUUGGAAAAUUCUUCUUUUGUUGAAUUGGAUUCCAGCAUAUGUGAGAUUGUUAUGCAGAAAGGAGGUGUUCUGAAGGAGGUAGAAGAGCUGAAUGAUGCAGUUUCUUGCUUGGUUGCUGCCUUGGUCAGCGGGAAAUAUAGCGAAGCAGCCCAUGAAAUGCAAGGAAAAUUGGAGGUCUAUGAGAAACUAGUGGACGGUUUGAAGAAGGAGGUUGAUCAUCUCUUCUCUGAGGUUUUGGCUGCCAGAAAUAAAUUGGUUGAUUGCCUUCGACACCAGAAGGAAUAG